GUAGUCUGGUUGUUUUUGGUAAUUGGUACUUUAUUUAUUAUGUUUUUCCUUCAAGUCAGUAUGAAAGAAACGGAAAAAGGGUAGUUGAUUACUACUUGGAAGGAAUUGUUGAUUAUACUGAUGUGUUGCAUGUAAACUACGUACAUAGCUAAUCACCAAUACACAGAUUGACAUCAUUGUAUCAUUGUGAUUUCAUGUCCAGGGAGCAUUGUGAUAAUGGAGCGUGGUACUAGUGCAACAACGGGUCCUGUAAGAACUAUGACCUAUGCACAUAGCUCUGUAAUUAUCUGCGUAAGACCAGAAUCCCGUCAUCGUUGUGCAGGAAUGCUAACAAAUAGAUGGGCUCCUGUGGCGCAUCUUUCCAGUUUCUCUGUACCGUCAUUGCCUUUUUCAUGGAACUGGACUUUUCUCCUCUGAUAAAUCAGCCCCUAAGAUUUGCUAGAGGGAACCUUGGACCCCGUUGGAUGCCACUGCCUCCUUCCAAUUUUCACAGGGGUAUGCUGGCCAUUCAAGGCCGGGUUGAAAAUGUUGAUACAGGAUUGAGCAGGGAAGCCAUUCUUGCACGUAUGAGGUGCUUCAAGUAUCAGUUGACAGAAGGAUCUACAAGUGACAAAGAUACAUGUUCUAUUUGUCUGGAUGACUUCUCUGAUGGACAGAACAUUGGAAGUACCGACUGCCAACACUCCUUUCACUUUGACUGCAUCAGUCAGUGGCUAAUGCAGAAGAACUCCUGCCCCCUGCGCAAAAGGAUUGCAUUGGCAAUUUAAGGGGAAUCCAAACUAGAAUCUACUACUAUAAUCUGUAUAUAUCUUAUUAACUUUGCAUGCUAUGUUAAGUACGUACUUUUCCUAAAAUGGAACUAGUUGAGAAGUGUGUAAAAUGGACAGUACUUUUCCUUACUGUGUAGUGCAGCCUUAUCUUGAUUAAGGCAUAUUGUUACGACAGAGAGUUGUAUACUGGUUGCUCAUUUCAACUUAUGCCUUGGAAACCUUAGUGCUUUUCAUAUUUCACCUGUUCAACAGUUCC